AAGAGCAGCACCCUGAAGUGCACGUUCUCUGCUCCUGGCCACAGCACCACGCUGCUGCAGGGACUGGCCUCGCUCCGAGCUCAGGCUCAGCUGCUUGAUGUCAUCCUCACUAUAAAUAAUGAAGUGUUUCAGGUUCAUAAAGUUGUCUUGGCUGCCUGCAGUGACUAUUUCAGGUGAGAACCCAGUAGGAAGCAGGCAUUUUUUACCUCUCCCCUUGGUCUGCUGUUUCCCCAUCCUCCCCUACCCCAACCUUCCCACCACACCCCAAGCCCUCCCUGCAAACCUGCUGUCUGUGUUGUGCCCUGCAGGGCGAUGUUCACGGGUGGGAUGAGAGAGGCCAGCCAGGACGUGAUCGAGCUGAAGGGAGUCUCUGCCAAGGGGCUGAAGCACAUCAUCGACUUUGCCUACAGUGCCGAGGUGACCCUGGACCUCGACUGCAUCCAGGACGUGCUGGGAGCUGCGGUCUUCCUGCAGAUGGUGCCUGUGGUGGAGCUCUGCGAGGAGUUCCUCAAGUCUGCCAUGAGUGUGGAGACGUGCCUCAACAUCGGGCAGAUGGCCACCACCUUCAGCCUGGCCUCCCUCAAGGAGUCCGUGGAUGCCUUCACCUUCAGGCACUUCCUGCAGAUCUCGGAGGAGGAGGACUUCCUGCACCUGCCCCUGGAGCGCCUGGUGUUCUUCCUGCAGAGCAACAAGCUGAAGAGCUGCAGGGAGAUUGACCUCUUCCGCGCCGCUGUGCGCUGGCUGCAGCACGACCCCGGGCGCCGCGCCAGUGCCAGCCAGGUGCUGUGCCACAUCCGCUUCCCCCUGAUGAAGUCCUCGGAGCUGGUGGACAGCGUCCAGACCUUGGACAUCAUGGUGGAGGAUGUCUUGUGCCGGCAGUACCUUCUGGAAGCCUUCAACUACCAGAUCCUGCCCUUCCGGCAGCACGAGAUGCAGUCCCCACGCACGGCCAUCCGCUCGGACGUGCUGUCCCUGGUCACCUUCGGCGGCACUCCCUACACGGACAACGACCGCACCGUCAGCGCCAAGGCCUUCUGCUUGCCCCACACCGGCGCACGCCAGUUCCGUGACCUCACCCAGAUGGAGGUGGGCAGCAGCCACUCCUGCGUGGCCGUGCUGGACAACUUUGUCUAUGUGGUGGGUGGGCAGCAGCUGCAGUACCGCAGCGGCGAGGGAGCCGUGGACGUCUGCUACCGCUACGACCCCCACCUCAACCAGUGGCUGCGCAUCCAGGCCAUGCAGGAGAGCAGGAUCCAGUUCCAGCUCAACGUGCUCCGUGGCAUGGUCUACGCCACGGGGGGCAGGAACCGCUCGGGCAGCCUGGCCUCGGUGGAGAAGUACUGCCCCAAGGACAACGAGUGGAGCUAUGUCUGCUCCCUGAAGCGCAGGACCUGGGGCCACGCCGGCGCCACCGCGGGGGACAGGCUCUACAUCUCGGGCGGCUACGGCAUCUCCGUGGAGGACAAGAAGGCUCUGCACUGCUAUGACCCCGGCACGGACCAGUGGGAGUUCAAAACCCCCAUGAACGAGCCCCGGGUGCUGCACGCCAUGGUGAGUGCCAACAGCCGGAUCUACGCCCUGGGGGGCCGCAUGGACCACGUGGAUCGCUGCUUUGACGUGCUGGCUGUGGAGUACUACCUGCCUGAGACAGACCAGUGGACCAUGGUGAGCCCCAUGCGUGCAGGGCAGUCGGAGGCUGGCUGCUGUCUGCUGGAAAAAAAGAUUUACAUCGUGGGGGGCUACAACUGGCACCUGAACAACGUCACCAGCAUCGUGCAGGUGUACAACACAGAGACUGACGAGUGGGAGAGGGACCUGCACUUCCCAGAGUCCUUCGCUGGCAUCGCCUGUGCCCCUCUCAUCCUGCCCCAGGUACCCACCCAGAGGUGA